UGGAGGCUGAACAGUUGAUCAGCGGCCAGUGCGACGGCAACAACCAAAUGAAAAAGAACCUCAGCGGGUGGACAAAUCGCGUAGGCCAGACCAGAGUGAACAGCAAAUAAGAGCGCGGUUCUCCCCUCUACUGUUAAGUAGCGAAGCCGCUCCCCUCCAAGGGGCUUAAGUCAUUCCCGGUACCCGCCGCAGCUCCGGACCGCGAGCGACUUGGUGCGAGACUGUCUGUGGCGUGUUGCGAACAGUUUUUAGUGGUACCCGAACCCGAUUGAUAGCAAUUUGAUAACGGCGAUAUGAAAACUAAGCCCGCUUAUCAGCGCUUGUACGGUGUGCAGUACGGGGACGAGCAGCAGCAAUGUGCCACCCCUUACAGUCCCGCCUCCCAUCACGAGGGGGCGGAGCGAUCGCCUGCGGCGUCGCGAUCCGCCACUCCGCUCGAAUUUACCACCUAUCCGACCACCGAUGUUGACCAGGACAAUUACCAAACACUUAACCUGAUCCGGGGGGAAAAUGAGGCAAUGUUUCGCUUCGAUGAGAUGCCCCUAGAAGGAGAUCCGCCAGGGACGCUGUUGCAGCUGGGGGCGCCCCAGGGGCCCUCGAAUGGGGCUUCGCCCCAUGACAGCGAGUCCCCAAGCCCAGGGUCGCCCCACAGGGGCCUGGCGUUUGCUAGUUUAAGCAUGCAGCCUGACACUCACACGAUAUUGGAACCUGCAGGGGCGCAGCUCACUCAGCUCACCAGCCACAUCAGCUACACGGGGGGAUUGGAAUCCAACGGCGCCGCUGGCACUUCGAUCUUCGCGAGAAACUACAAUACGCCCACGAUGCAUUACUAUUCCGGAACAUCGUCAGAACUGCAUGGACAAAACCAGAUCUGGUCCAGCAAUGUCAAUACAAGUGGAGGCGUUUUGAGUGACCCCAAUGGGGUCUCGGCCGCCUCCAAUGCCUCCCUGCCCGCCUUCAAUCGGCUCUCGGGGUUCCAAAACACCCCCCGACCUGGAACUUACAGCCCAAUCACAUAUCAGGAUUUUUCCUAUGCGGACCCCACCGGAUACAACAUUAGUCCGGCGGCGACGCCCAGAAACAGGAUGAGUGCAGCAGGAACUCUCUCAGCAAUUGCUCCAGGUACCGCAGCCGAGUACUUCACUGAGGGUAGGGAGUGUGUGAAUUGCGGCGCCAUCGACACCCCUUUGUGGCGUCGCGACGGUACCGGCCACUACCUGUGCAACGCCUGUGGGCUCUACCACAAAAUGAACGGCAUGAACCGGCCCUUAGUCAAGCAGCCUCGUAGAUUGUCGGCGUCACGACGCGCCGGUCUCACUUGCACGAACUGCCAAACGGCCCAAACCUCCUUAUGGAGACGAAACGCCCAUGGGGAGCCGGUUUGCAACGCUUGCGGCCUCUACUACAAAUUACACAUGGUGGCGCGGCCAUUAUCAAUGAAAAAAGACACCAUCCAGACGCGAAAGCGAAAACCAAAGGGGAGCAAAUCGGGGCAGGCGAACGGCAAUCCGGCCUCAAACCGAGCGGGUCUGAAUAAUCGGGGCAAAUCGACCGUGAAAAUGGAAAACAACUCGCUUGAUUCCUUCAACCUGUCGCAUCUACAGCAGACGAGUAACUUUGUCUACCCCACUCAGCCGCACGUGAAGCUCAGUCCGUACUCUUCGCACUCUCCCCAGAAUCUGGCGCAUGACUACUACGGGACGAUGUUGCCUCAAACGGCCACGCCCAGUCCUCAAUCCCAUUCGUCUGAUCUGCAUUGCGACUCGCCGCACUCUCCUCUAUUGAUCAACAACAACAACAAUAACCAUGCGAAAAUCAGCGAGCACAACUUGGAUCGAGUAUCAGUGGUGUCGCUGACCAAGUAGUCUUGUCAGGUUCUACCCGUACAAAAACCUUUAUAGUGAUUGAUGUGAUUCCCUGCGGCACGCCACUGGACCUUGCGGGAUCUCAUGCUCAUGCCAAAUGUAUGAGCGUAAAUUUUAUACUCUUUGUUUGACGAGAUUGUUAUUUAGGGAACGAAUGUACUUAGUGUUGAUGACAGAAAAAUGCUCUCUUGCCAAUCCGCAAUACGUAAAACCGGAGGGAAUACGUUUUAAGGUUAGGACACGCAAACACAGCAACGCUCAACUAUCUACCGCUAGUUUAAGUACAAAUGUUUUUUUGUAUAUAUUAUACGAUAGUAGAGAUCUAUUUAGUUAAGGAUGGGUAACCAAAGAAUUUGAUAAUCAAAUCCCGCCUAUUAAAUGUAUCAUUUCUAGGUUACGACCGCGUGGUGCCCUUUGAAUCGACAUCUUGAACUAACUAAUUAGUUUUAUAUUCAAAGGUGGUGCCACGGUUUUACUUGGUAUAUGCGGUUCAUUUUGUUCUGUAUGUUGGCCAAAGUGUUAAAUCACCAACCUCAAAAUUUAGAGGUUAGACCAGCUUGACAUGAAUGGCAAAUUGUCAAUAGAAUUGUACGUUGUGUAACCGUAGAAUUAAAAUUGUAUUCAGUUAUUUCCUAUACAAAUUGUACAGUUUAUUAAUGAAGAGUUUUUUAAUACUAGCGUAAUGUUUGUUACAUAUUAAUAUAGUUUUCAAAGUUGCAA